AUGAAAGAGUUUAAGCAUUAUUGUGAUGACAAGGGUAUUAAGAAGGAAUUCUCAACUAUAGCUACUCCUCAACAGAAUGGGGUUGUAGAAAGGAAGAACAGGACAGUUCAAGAAAUGGGUAGAACAAUGCUUUUAGAAAAAGGUCUAGCAAAGGGUUUUUGGGCUGAAGCUAUGAACAUCUCAUUAGCUUCAGAACUUGCUAAUCUCAUGAAGACAAGAUUUGAAAUGUCACUCUUGGGGACUCUCAGAUACUUUUUUAAGCCUAUAAAUUACUCAAACAUCCACUGGAAUCUUCAUCUCUCAGCAAAACGUAUGCCUCUGAGCUACUUAAAAAGUUCAGAAAUGGAUGAUUGUAAGACUGUCUCAACACCACUAUGUCCUAAUACCAAACUCUUAUCGGAAUGCACCACUGAAGUUAUUCCUUCAACACUUUACAGGUCCAUCAUUGGUAGUUUGCUGUAUCUUACUGCUUCAAGGCCUGAUAUAAUGUAUUCAGUGGGUUUAGUGGCCAGAUUUUAA